AUGUCUGCUGCUAACAUCAGUCCGCUGAUCGUCGCACUGCUCCUCCUCUUAACCUCGGUUUUGAGCCAACAGGUGCCCUCUAACUGUGUGAUCCAGAGGGAGCAGGAGAAAUGCAUGGAAAUGAUGGCCUCGGAUGAUCCUAGGAACGAUCCAGACUUUGGUUGUCCGUGGAUGUGGGACAACCUGACGUGCUGGCAGCCCGCCAGGAUCGGUGAGGUGGUCGAGGUCAACUGUCCCGAACUCUUCUCUCAGUUCAUGAGCGAAGAAGACUACGAGCUGGGGAAGGUGAGUCGUAACUGCACUGAGUUUGGCUGGUCAGAGCCCUUCCCUCAUUACAUCGAUGCCUGCCUGUAUGAGGAGGGAAACAGCAGCCAUCCGGACAUGUACUAUGUGUCGGUGAAGGCUCUGUACACUGUGGGCUACAGCACCUCUCUGGUCUCCCUCACAACAGCCAUGGUCAUCCUGUGCAGGUUCAGGAAGCUGCACUGUACCAGGAACUUCAUCCACAUGAACCUGUUUGUGUCGUUCAUCCUGAGAGCUAUUUCUGUCUUCAUCAAAGACGGCGUGUUGUACGCCAAAGAAGACAGCGAGCACUGCUUCAUUCACACCCUGGAGUGUCGAGCAGUGAUGAUAUUCUUCCACUACUGCGUCCUCUCUAACUACUUCUGGCUCUUCAUCGAGGGCCUGUACCUCUUCACUUUACUGGUGGAGACCUUCUUCCCUGAAAAGAGAUACUUCUACUGGUACAUCAUGAUUGGCUGGGGGACGCCCACAGUGUGCGUGACCAUCUGGGCGGUGCUGAGGCUGCACUUUGAUGAUAUCGGCUGUUGGGAUAUGAAUGACAAUGCUGCCAUCUGGUGGGUGAUAAAGGGACCUGUGCUGGCUUCCAUUAUGAUCAACUUUGUUCUCUUCAUCGGCAUCAUCAUCAUCCUUGUCCAGAAGCUGCAGUCCCCAGAUAUCGGAGGAAAUGAAUCCAGUAUUUACCUGAGGCUGGCCCGCUCUACUCUGCUACUGAUUCCUCUGUUUGGGAUUCACUACACUGUGUUCGCCUUCUCUCCGGAGAACGUCAGCAAGCGAGAGCGCCUGGUGUUCGAGCUCGGACUCGGAUCCUUCCAGGGAUUUGUGGUGGCUGUCCUCUACUGCUUCCUGAAUGGAGAGGUGCAAUCGGAGAUCAAGAGGAAAUGGCGAAGCUGGACGGUGAACAGGUACUUUGCUGUGGACCUGAAGCACCGGCAUCCUUCGCUGGCGAGCAGUGGGGUGAACGGGGGAACGCAGCUGUCCAUCCUCAGCAAGAGCAGCUCGCAGAUCCGCAUGUCCAGCCUGCAGGCCGAGACCCUGGCCACCUGA